AUGAUUAUAUCAAAGAAAAACCAUUUGGAGAAAGUGGAUAUGACAGAAACUUUAAAGUCGCUAAUUAAUCAAAUUACAAAUUGCAGUCAAGAAGAACUUCCGCUCUUGUUAAACGAAAACCUUACGUGGGAAAGACCCAGAGGAGACCUUUUACAUUGGGUUUCGGUAUUGAAUAGAUUCGAUAAGAUAUUCGAAGAACAAAUAAAAAAGUAUGCUCUUGAUCAAGAAUCUCCUGAAUUGAAGAUAAUAGAAGAACAAGACCAAGAACUUUUAAGCUCUUGUUUGCAGUUUACUCAUUCUUUACUAGAACAUUGUGCUAACAGAUCGAUUUACGCGAGUAGUCAUCGAAUUUUUCAACUUAUUAAUACUUGUACAGUAGAUAUAAGAUUAAAAGCAUUAGAAGUAGCCGUGUCACUUGGAGAGAGGUAUUCUCAAACAAACUCCAGUAAGUAUGCUGCUCCAAAAUUAACAAAACUUAAAGUUGUUGAAAUAGCUAAAUCCUUUCCUCCCCCAAUCCCCUCAAGUUUUAUUCAAGAUCACGAACGUCACAGUAAAAAAAAGAACAGUGCUGCCAUUAUAGGUGACCACUAUAGCCUCAUUGACUCCAUUAACAAGUAUAAAGUUUACCCUUCAAAAUGGAAAACCUUGAAUUUUCUGUAUUACAAAUCAGUUAUGAGUCCAUCUAAUAAAAAAAUCAGGAAUGAAGUCCCCGGUAACAAUAUUAAAAAAGAGACUAAGACAACGAAGCCAAAGAGUAAAAAGAACGAAUAUCUAGUUUCUCAUGAAGGAUUGUCUUCAUUUAAGCUAUCAGAAGAGUCCCUUCAAAAACUGUCGUUACAGCAUGUGUAUGAUAAGGCAUCAUUGGUUAUACCUAAAGAUUUCUGGUUCAAUUUCAGUCUCUCUGCCCUGGUCGCCAAGUCCUUCAACUCCAAUCUGGAUGAAGCAAUUAUUUUGCGUGAAAAGCUUCUACGAGUAAAGUGCUUGGCUAUUGCCUUUGUUUGUUGUAUGUGUCCGAGCGAGUUUACUUCCUCUAGAUUAUUUGAAUCCGAACCUUAUAUAUUCAACUUCUUAGUUGAUUUGAUCCAACCAGAAAACGAUCACAUAUCUAAAGAAGUAUAUUUCUGUGCAAUUCGAGCACUUGAAUGCAUUUCGCUCAAGCGUCUGUGGGGAAGUGAAUUACUUCGUUGCUUAAGUGGAAAUGUGAGUCAUGGCAUUUUAUUUCAAAUUAUCAGAUACAUUAACAAGAAGAUUAGGGCCGAGGAUGACGACUGUUUCGAAAAAGGAUAUAUCCAUUUUUUUAACAUGUUGGGCAAUUUGAUAGAUUCUAAGAGCCUCACCCCUAGAUUAGCUGCUGGAGGUAUCUUAUCCGAUUUGUUGAUGUUCUUUAACGUGAGGACGAAGUAUAGAUGGACUUGCUCUGCUGCAAUCCAUUUAACUACAGUCUUUUUAAGUGCAUCACCAGAAUCUUUUGAUGACUUUGUCAACAAAGAUGGAUUCAACCUACUUAUAGAAACCAUUCAAUAUGAAGUCAGCUUUGCGUUGGAACAUCCAGAAUUUGGGGGUCCUCCUAAAGAGUCGGUUGUAUAUUACACGAUCACUUUCAGACAAGCAAACUGUAUUCGGAAUUUGAUGAAAUUAGUUUCUCACUUGAUUCAAUCUGAUUCGGGAGAUAGAUUACGAAAUUUAUUUGAUUCUCCUCUUCUAAUAAGUUUCAAUCAAAUUCUAAUGCAUCCUUCUGUGUUUGGACCCUUAAUAUUGUCAUCAACAAUUGAUUCGGUCUUUUAUAUUAUACACAAUGAGCCAACUGCAUUCUCUAUCUUAAAUGAAGCAAAAGUUAUUGAUACUAUAUUAGACAACUACGAGAACUUAUUUCUUCCCUCAAGUGAUCUAUUGAUGUCUCUUCCAGAGGUUUUGGGAGCUAUAUGUUUAAACAACGAAGGCUUGAAGAAAGUCAAUGAAAAAAAAUCAAUUUCAAUAUUUUUCAAAUCUUUUUUUAAUGCUGAAUAUGCCAAAGAAUUGGUGAGAUCAGAUAUGGCAACCAACCUUGGAUGUUCAUUCGAUGAGCUUGGUAGACACUACCCACCUUUAAAACCGGUCAUAUUAAAUGAGACUAAAAAAUUAGUUGAAAAAUUAAAUCCUGUUAUUAAUGAACGCAUGAAUGGAAUAAGGUUUUAUUCUUCAGAAAAAGGUUGUCUUUAUCACUCUUCUAAUGAGACUGUACUUCAAUAUGAAGAGAAUUGUGGUGAAAUAGAGAGCUGGGAACAUGCAGAAUCAUCAUAUAUUCUCGAUAACGCGCUAUUCUUCCUUGGUGGCUUGCUUCAGGAUAGCGGUCAAUGGGGUGCUGAUGCAAUGAGAGAAAUUAACUAUGAACUGUGGUCUUCCUUAUUAACAAUCGAAAAUGCUCCAUUUGAUUUUACAAAUUCUAAUGGUGUAUCUACAUUAAUGGGUAUUUUAAAAUAUUUUGACGACGAAAAAAGAGAUUAUGGUUUGCCGAUCUUAAUUUCAAUCUUAAAAAGACAAGUUGAAGAUACUAGGCUCCAAGAAUUUAUAAGAUAUGAGUCUACGACUACGUCAUUCUUUACAAGAUUCGAAAACGACUCGACUGAAGGAACGAUAUUUAUGAAGAAGUUAAAUUCUUUAAAUUCAUUGCUUUACACACUUGUUGAAAUAUAUAUAAACCCCACACUUAUGUUCCAUGAAAGGUAUCACCAGAUUACAGAUCUAUUUGGAGGUUAUGGCUUGAAAUUUAUAUCUGAUCUUGGAUUACUUUUACAAAGAAGCAUAAUUGAGGAAAUCUUAAUACGUUCUUCUUUGCCAGCAGACGUUGCUAUGGAGACGCUGCCUGUGACUGAUGGAAACAAUGAGUUCCCACCUUUACAGAUCUUUCCGAGUGAACCUUCUAGCAAAAGAGAGAAGCAGGACAGAACAAGCGCUAAAUUCAAAAAUUCACUACAGAUAAGGUUUUUUUGUCAUCGAUUCCAGAACUACGUUUCUACUGUUUUUAGCUCAAUUGGAAGGGUAUGUAUGCAUAAGAGACAAGAGUAUGCGGAAGCCAAUUGGAGAAGAGAUGCUAUUGAGAUCACUAUUAAACUUGGUGAAGUUAUUACAUCUCUUGUCAAUGUUAAAUUUUCUAGUGAAUACUAUCAUUGUAAUUACAUCUUAAUUAUGAUGAAUAUUUCAUUAUACAUCUUAUCGCAAAGGGAAAGAAAUAGAGAUAUAAUUCAAACACCAUUGAUUGUCAGCCUAAUCCAAGGAGGUUUUUAUGAUCUGCUUAAGAAUAUAGCUUCUUACAUGUGGAAUAAGUUGAUUACAAUGCCACCUUGCGAGGUACAAAAGAGCAAAGAUUUGAAGUAUAUCUCUACAUUAGAAAGCAGCAUUGUCAAAAAUGCUUUGAGUCAAAUUUUAGUAGUAUUUGCAAAGUCAGUUAAUCUGGAGACUUUACCUACGUUGCCAUCUACGAAACUCUUCUUCCAUGAUGGUUUUGAUAGAGAUCCGGAAGGGAGCUUGCCAUCUGCAAUAUUAAUUCAAACAAGGAUUAUUGCCUUAGAGUUCAUGCAAACUGCUGUUGGCAUAGAAUCCGCAAUUUCGCUGAAUAGUGAUGUUUUUCCUUCAAAUGUUCCUACUCCAAUAGUAGAGCAGUUGGUCUUUGUCGCAAAGCAAACAUGCCUUGCUAAGAAAGAACAUGAUGUGGCAUUCAUUCCACUUGACUCUAAGAAUGUUUCUCCACCAUCCGAGCAAGUCGCCUAUUUAAUAUCAUUGGGGAUGUCAGAAUCUGAUGCUGAACAUUAUUUCAAGCAUCUUCACAGUGUCACUGAUUUAAAGUACAACGAGAAGCCAGAUUGUCCACAAUUUUCAAUAUCUUCGGAAGAAUGGAAAGAAUGUGCUGAAGCAUCCAGAAGAGAUAAUAUUGAUCUUAGAAUUAAGUUUCCUAACUUUAGAACUGAAAAAGACUUGAAGACCAUUCGAGAUGUCGAAAUAUCUUACUUCUCGCAGCAAUGGUUGCGUAUUGCAGAGCUUUAUCCUAAAGCAGUUGAAUCGAUAGCGGACUUGCUUCUUUCCAUAAACUUGAAUCUCUCUGAAGCUGUCAUGAGAUUAUUUGAUCAUGUUACGCACUUAUUAGACGGCGUAUGCAACAACGAAGAACCUUUGGCAGUUGCGAUUCAUCUUCUUGGCUUGAUGCUAAAAAACGAUAAAGUGGCUCGUUCUUGCUCUAGCAUAUUCGAAAAAUUCAAGGAUUCUGUCAUCUCCGAGCUUAAAAAUGAGCCACUGUUAGUAAAUUCUGAACAUUUCGCUUAUUCGAUUGGUAUAUUGGAACAGAUUUUAGUUUAUCGUGAUCAUCCUCAUGCAGAAACAAGCCCGCAUCAAAGUAUAAAUUUCGCUGGACCUCCUGCUCCCUACAUGAUUGAUGAAGGGUCAAGAGCAUUAAUUUUUGAAGGGUUAAUGACGCUAGAAGGUGUCACUUCUACUAAAUCAGCCAUUGCGCUUGCAAGAGUUUUAGUUCUCUAUGCUAAGGAUGAGUCACUUUUAUAUAAAAUUUCUAAUUCAAGGUUGCUCAAUGAUCUUGUACUUUUAUCUAAAGAGUUCACGGAAGAAAAUUGUGAUGGCUUUGAUUUAUAUCAAACUGCGAUGAUGGUUUUGCUAAGAAGAUGCUUUGAAACUAUCGAGGUAUUGAAAGCUAAUAUGGAAAUCGAUGUUGGUGGAUUGUUCAAUGGCAUAAUUCGCUCAAAAAGAGAUUUGCAUUCUUGUUUACGAGAAAAUUCUGCCUUAGUUUUGCGAAAUCCGGAAGUAUUUGUUGACGUGAUCUCAAAAAAUGUUAGAUUAGAGGGAUAUGAUGGUACUAAUGACUUUUAUCAAGGUAAGAUUAUAGUAACGAAAGUUAAGAAAGAAAAUGACAAAACAGAAGACGUGGAAAUGAAAGAUGCAGAUGCAAAUACAGAUUCGCUGCAAAUCUCCGGGAAUCAAAAUGUGGACAAUAAGUUUGAUAGCAGUGGGAUAGUUCAUAUUAUUAUAACCGAGUUGAUGGAAGUGACGAGAGAAGGGUGGUUACGCGAAGAAAAGGACGAAACAGAAAAGUCAUCUAACACCGAUCAAUCUAAGAAAAAGGAAAUGUUCAAGAAUCUGAACUUUUCUUAUGCCUGCUUUUUGUUACAAGCAUUAACUGAACUUUUGGGAUCAUAUAAGCAAGCUAAAUUAGAGUUUUUAACAUAUUCUAAGAAGCAAAACUCCAAUGAUGUGUUGAAGCCUAGAUCGACAGCAUUAAAUUUCUUUAUGCAUCAAUUGAUUCCUACUUUUCUGAUGACCCUUGGUAGCGGCAUUGAAUAUGAUCGCCAUUGUGCUAUUUCUUCUUUAGCAAAGCUUGCUCUAUUAGCGCUUAUUUCAACUCCUGUUGGCUACGUUGAUAACGAAGCAAACCUAAAAAAAGAGCCCAUUGACAUGAUAUUCAUUAGAAAAUUCUUCACAGAUAUAUUGCUGAAGGUGCUUGCAGGCACUCUAGUUACUCCAAUGAUCGCGAACGCACGCUAUGAAAAGUUAAUGGAUCUUUUUGACUUAUGUGGAUCAGUACUUUCCCCUAAGUUUCGAGAUAUGACUGAUCCUCUAUUGAAUAAGGAACUUACGAAAUAUGACCAGUUCUUCAUAGCCAGAGCUCUUAUCGAUAAACAGAUUCCUAAUCAGAUCACAAGUAUUCUCUCAGAGAUUGAUCUAAACUUUCCAAGCGUCAAUAAGGUCAUCAGACUCGGACUCAAACCUUUAACAUUACUCGGUAAGGCGAAAACAGAGUUUCAGGAGUUAUUUGAAGGUGAACAUCAAGGAGAUAAAGAGGAUGACGACAUUGUUCCUGAGGAAGUCGACGACAAAGAAGAGGCACCAGACUUGUUCCGUAAUUCCACUUUAGGGAUGUAUGAUAUAGAGUAUGAUAGUGAUGACGAAGAGAUGGACUAUUAUGAGGAAGGUGGCCCGUUGGAAGUCCUUGUUUCAGGUGAUGAGAUAUCCGAAAGUGAUGAAUCAGCGAUAUCGGAGCUCGAUUCUGAAGACGACAACGAUGAGAUUUCUGUCGAUGAAAGAUAUUCAAACUCAGAUGAUGCUUUAUCUGAUGACGAGGAAUCCCAGAGUCAUGACGAUAUUGAAAUUAUCGACGAAUUAGGUGUGGAUUCUAAUGACGACUCUCAGGGGUCUACGUCUGAUGAUGAUACAAACGACAUGAUGGAAGAUCCAGAGCUCUAUGACUUUGAUGAGGAGGAUGCAAGUGAAUAUGACGACGAGGAACUAGAUGGAUGGAUUGAAGAAUUUGAAGAUGGUGAGCAGUCUUUAAAUGAACCAGAAGUUGAUCUUGGAGAUGAAGAGGUGGAGAGCACACAACGGUCUAGAAGAGAUAACCCUAUUAAUGUGGACUUUGAAUUCUCCUCUGAUGAUUCUGCUGAGGAUGUGAGCGGAAAUGAGUCAUUAUCUGAUAAUGAUUUGGAUACACUUCACAUUACAAGCGAUGACGGAAGAAGGAAUCAAAGUGGCCUCACGUCAAUCUUGGAUAUUUUCAGACCGGAGAGAGGAGGUGGAAGUUUCUCCGCCCUUUUAAGUGGAUUUUUGGGUGGUGGAGACUCAACCAGAUUUAGGGGGUCAGUUCAUAUCGAUGGUGAUAAUCACUCAUUUCAUUAUAAUCACAACCAUUAUGUUCUGCCAAGUUUUGAACGUGCUUUCGAAAGCAUGUUACAGUUGGGAUCCGGCAGCAAAUCUAAAGAAGACCCGCUCAGCAAUAUGUAUGUAAAAUCAACAGGUGAGCGCUGGAUUGAUAGUAUGAAGAUGUUUUACGAUAAGAACCGUGAAGAAUGUGUCUUCAAGGUUAUACCAGCUAUUAUCAAUAGAAUCAGCGAAGACAGCAUAGAGCUAUUUAAAGAGAAGAAAGAAGAGGCCCAAAAACUAAGAAAAGAGAGAGAGGAGAAAUUGAAGAAAAAAGAAGAGGAAAAGAGAAAGAAAAGAGAAGAGGAAGCGAAACAAAGAGAAAUGAAUGCUGCAAUUAAUCAUUCGUCUAAUAGAGAACCUAUAAUGGUGCGUAUCGGAGAACGUGAAAUAGAUAUUAGUGGUACGGAUAUUGAUCCCGAAUUUUUUGAAGCAUUACCUGACGAUAUGAGAGAAGAAGUAUUUACACAGCAUGUUCGUGAAAGGAGAGCAAAUGCAACCAGCACGGGAACAGACGCUCGUGAGAUCGAUCCUGAUUUUUUGGAUGCUUUACCCGAUCAAAUAAGAGAAGAAAUUCUUCAGCAAGAAUCGAUGGCCCGUAGGUAUUCUAGCCAUGAGUUGAGAUUUGAUGAUGAAGACGAUGACGAAGAUUUUGAAGACGAAGGAAGAGAUCUCGAUUUUAUAAGAUUGCCAAGUUCUGGAGAUGUUGACCUGAGAAUUCGCCUGUCAAAUGAAAAUAGAAGCAGCUCAACCGGAGCCAAGAAGUCAAAGGUGGGAUUUUUCACACCUUUAGUUGAUCGAUCUGGAAUCUCCUCUAUAAUCCGUUUGCUAUUUAUUCCACAAGCUGUGACUCGCAGAGAAAGUAUUCAUCAGAGUUUACAAUUUGUCUGCCACAAUAAGCAAAGUAGGAUAGAAGUGAUGAGUUUGAUAUUAGGGGUUUUGCACGAUGGUCUUCUGGAUCAAAAAGCUCUUGAAAGGUGCUAUUCUCAAAUCUCAUUCAGAGCGCUAGGGAGCAAAAAGCAAAAACAGUCACUGUUUCCAGUCCGAGCAAGUCCAAUUGUUGUGGGAAUUCAAAUGAUGGAAUCAAUUUUAUACUUAUUAGAGCAUAAUGUUCAUUUGAGAUAUUAUCUUUUAACAGAGCAUGAUAAUUUAUUUUUCUUCAAAAAAGUAAACCAGAAAACCAAAGCUAACGAAACCAAAAUGAAGGAAAGAAAAUAUCCGAUUAAUUUUUUGCUUCACUUAUUAAACAAUGGCUUGGUGAAAGAGGAGCAGGUAUUAUUGGAUGUUUUAGCAAGGGUACUACAAAUUUCAACUAGACCAUUACAUGUUUUGAAUAAAGUUAGUAAGAAUGAUGACAAGAAUACACCAUUCUCACCUCCCUUUAUUCCUGACAGAAAUUUUGCUUUAGUCAUCAAAAUAUUAACUUCCAAGGAGUGCUCUAAUACGACAUUUAGGAGAACUAUUAGUGCAAUGGAAAACUUGUCAGUACUUCCCAAUGCUCAGAAAGUCUUUUCAAAAGAACUCUCGGAACAAGCGACUAAGCUUGGUCAAUUAAAUAUUAAAGAUCUCAAUGACUUGACAACGGAAAUCAAACAGUCGCAGAACUAUAAUUCUGAGAGUAAAUCUAUCGCUCAAUUCAGUGCAGCAUCUUCCGACCAGGCCAAAUUAUUGAGAAUUUUGACUGCUUUGGAUUACAUGUAUGAUUCAAAGGAAAAACAGAAUCUUGCAAAUGCCGAUCUGUAUACUUUGACAGAAGAAGUGGAAGAGCUCACAGAGCUAUAUAAGAAAUUAGCUCUAGGGUCUCUUUGGGAUGCAUUAAGUGAUUGUUUGAGGGUUAUUGAAGAAAGGCAAAAUUUGACAAAUGUUGCUACCGUUCUAUUACCAUUGAUUGAGGCUCUAAUGGUAGUCUGUAAACAUAGUAAAGUAAAAGACCUUCAAAUUAAAGAUGUUUUAAAGUUUGAGGCUAAAAAGAUUGAUUUUACUAAAGAACCCAUAGAAAGCUUGUUCUUCUCUUUCACUGACGAACACAAAAAGAUCUUGAAUCAGAUGGUUAGAACAAAUCCCAAUUUAAUGAGUGGGCCAUUCGGGAUGUUAGUAAGUAAUCCUAAAGUAUUGGAGUUUGAUAACAAGAAGAAUUAUUUCGAUAGAAAGUUGCAUCUGGAUAAGAACGAGAAUUCAAAAAUGCUGGUCAGCAUUCGCCGUGAUCAGGUAUUCUUGGACUCCUACAGAGCGUUAUUUUUCAAACCAAAAGACGAGUUCAAAAAGGCGAAGCUAGAAAUUGGCUUUAAAGGAGAGGCUGGUGUAGAUGCCGGUGGUGUUACUAGAGAGUGGUUUCAGGUAUUAUCUAGACAAAUGUUUAAUCCUGAUUAUGCAUUAUUCACUCCAGUUGCUUCUGAUGAAACAACCUUUCAUCCUAAUAGAACUUCCUACAUCAAUCCUGAACAUUUAUCAUUCUUUAAAUUCAUAGGAAGAAUUAUUGGUAAGGCAAUUUAUGAUGGAAGCUACCUCGACUGUCAUUUCAGUAGAGCAGUUUAUAAGAGAAUACUUGGUAUUCCUGUAUCAUUGAAGGAUAUGGAAACGCUCGAUCUUGAAUACUUCAAGUCUUUGAUGUGGAUGCUAGAGAAUGACAUUACUGAUGUUAUUACUGAAGAUUUUUCAGUAGAAACUGAUGAUUAUGGCGAACAUAAAAUCAUUGAUUUGGUAGAAAAUGGUAGAAACAUUCCUGUUACUGAACAGAACAAACAUGAUUAUGUCAGGAAAGUUGUUGAAUAUAGACUCCAAACAUCAGUUGCAGAGCAGAUGGACAACUUUCUUAUUGGAUUCCAUGAAAUCAUUCCCAAACAAUUGGUUGGCAUUUUUGAUGAACAGGAAUUAGAACUUUUAAUAUCUGGAUUACCUGAUAUUGAUGUCACUGAUUGGCAAAAUAAUACAGUUUACAAUAACUACUCCCCGUCUUCGUUACAAAUUCAGUGGUUCUGGAGAGCUGUUAAGUCUUUUGAUAAUGAGGAAAGAGCAAAACUACUUCAGUUUGCCACAGGGACUUCUAAGGUUCCAUUAAACGGAUUUAAGGAGUUGAGUGGUGCAGAUGGAACUUGUAAAUUCAGCAUACAUAGAGAUUAUGGCUCAACAGAAAGACUUCCAUCGUCACAUACCUGCUUCAAUCAGAUUGACCUUCCAAGCUACGUGUCGUAUGAGACAUUGAGAGGAUCUUUAUUACUAGCUAUAACUGAGGGUCACGAAGGUUUUGGAUUGGCUUAA